UGCCCAGCCAAUGCGAUUCUGUCUGAAAACAUCUAGUGGCUAUCAACUAAUGGACCUUGAGGCAAAUGUCACCGUGCCUUCUUCUGAAAGUCGUGCUAAUUCCUGUGUGAUGUCUAGAACCAUCAUUGCUUCAAUACAGGUGCUUGAUGCAGGACAAGUUUACUGCGAUGUUUACAAUGCUACUGCAAGCUCAACCUGCAAUACACAUUUAGUGUCUGAAGACAAAGUGUUUUCUGUACAAGAUUUUCCAGUGUGCAAUGAGAGUACUACUACAACCUUACGUUUGUCAACAAAGCAAACUUCUGCAGUCACACAGAGUCCGGAAGUGACGACAAAUGGUGUCAUCAUCCAAGCAAAUCAGGAUGCUCUUGUGCAUUCUGAUUUGGGAGGUGAAUGUAUCCUCAAGUGUCACACAUCUGGUGUAUGGUUGUAUGUUGAUUACUGA